GCUACGGCUCUGGUGGGAGAGACAAUGAAGUGUCGACUUGCUUACCUAGCGCUAGCUACAUCAGUGACAGCCGUCAUUGUUCUAUGGUACACUCGAUGGGAUCACUGGAUGGCAACAAGACUUUUAGCUACAAGAAUAAUGAAGAUUAAUAAUGAUUUUGGGAUAUUUCUUCGUCGGAAAGCUUCAGGGAAAGAUGUAUUAGCACGUCAUCUUCCUCAAGUAUAUAGAACUUUGCCACGUUCUGGUUAUAAUAAGUCAAUUAAGAAUCCCUGCUGGUGGGUUAAUACAACAUUUCAAUAUAACUUCGGCAAGUCAUAUUACUCAAAAAAAUAUAAGUACGCAUACAAAAACAUGGGAGUUCAUUGGUCUUAUGAGAAACUGGAAACAUUACUGCUGCAAAAGAAAGCUCCCACUCUACUAUGUCUACCUUACUUUCUUCUUAUUGGAAUGCCCAAGUGUGGAACGACUGAUCUAUAUCAACGCAUUGUUCAGCAUCCACAAGUGAUUGCACCUGCCUCGAAAGAACCACAUUGGUGGAGCAAGAGGAGGAAUCAAGUUGGUGGACCAACAUUUUUGGACUACUUGUUUCUCUUCAGUAUGCCAGCUAAAAUGAUUCGUAAAAACAAUCACAUGGUGACAGGAGAUGGAAGUGCUUCCACCAUGUUUUACAAAAGUAAUGAUACCAUUUCAACUGCAGAAUUACUCAGUUUGGUUUUGCCUCAAGCUAAACUACUUGUCAUACUCAGAAACCCUGUUGACAGGCUUUACUCAGAAUAUUUGGAUUUUGGCUGCCGUAAGAGAGGCUUUCAGAAUUGUUCAAGUAGUGACUUUCACAAGCGUGUGGCGAUGGCCCUCCUUGCUUUUAAGAAUUGCUCAUGUAGAGAGAACAAUUUAAUCAAGAACGAUGCAAACUAUACUAUGAGAUUACAUCUUGGUAUAUACCAUGAACACUUGCAGCCAUGGAUGAAAAUGUACCCUCUCGGAAAACAGCUAUUUAUCCUCACAACGGAGAACUACUCUAAUCACCUACUUGCAAACCUCAACGAAGUAUUUCAAUUUCUUGAUCUUGCAUCUGUUAAUGCAACAGAAAUGUCUCGUAUAGUGUCUCUACCAAUACACAAUACCAACAGGAAACUUAAUGCUCAAGUGGGUCCAAUGCUUCAAAAGACUAGAUAUAUACUGGAACAAUUUUACGCACCUUAUAAUGAGAGAUUAGCAUCGCUUCUUCAAGAUAAAUUUCUAUGGCAUUGAGCAAUUUGCUCGUAUAUCUGAGCUACUUUUCAAGUUUGUAAUGCAGAUACCGGUAUAUCUGUUUUUCUGGAGAAGGAGGCAAAGUGAGAUGGCAAUACGUUUAUUAAUAUAACAUGGUUUCAU